CAGCCUACAAAAUCCCCAAUGGUAUUCUCUACUCUUUAGAUAAAAUAUGUAGGAGUUUUUUUAUGGGCUGGGGUUGGGGAGGAGAAAAAAAUCAAUUGGGUUAGUUGGGAGAGGGUUUGCAUGAAAAAGGAGUGUGGAGGUCUUGGAGUGAAGGACUUGAGAAAAUUUAGUUUGGUGUUGUUGGGUAAAUGGUGGGGACGGUUAGCAAAAAGUGAAGAAGGGUUAUGGAGGAAAGUGAUAAUAGGUAAAUAUGGGGAGAGUAGAGGGCAUUGGUUUGAUUGGGUGAGAGAUAGUAGAGGUGGAGGAUCAAUAUGGUGGAGAGACAUCCAAAAUCUCAAUGUUGGUGACAGGGGGAAUGCUGGAUGGUUGAUGGAGGGAUUUAGGAUUAAGCUUGGUGAGGGGGAAGGAGUGAGCUUCUGGUGGAAUGAGUGGUGCGGGGAGAAUUGCUUGGCUAAUAAAUUCCCUAGAUUGUAUGUCUUGUCUACAAAUGAGGCUGCAAAAGAACUUCAAAAGACAAUUGAGAAAGUGAAAAUCUCCCCAGGGUGUGCAGACAGAUGGGAGUGGGUACACAUCACUGAUGGAAAAUACUCAACGGCAAUAGCUUAUGCAAUAUUAGCAAAACAAAGGAGGGGAGCAGAGGAAGCAAAAAUGUACAAGCGAGUAUGGAAUCCUAGUCUCCCAACUAAAGUUGCUACAUUCAAUUGGAAGACAGCGAGCAUAUCCAAAGCUGCUGGAAUUUUGUCCAUAUGGAUGAUUCCGCAGCUCUUCGCCUACGCAAUGAAUUACCCGAUGGCCAAGUUUCUGCAGGCUCAGAGCAAGAUGAUGGCGAUGGCAGUGAUAGCGGCUGCGGCGCUAGUGCUGCACACAUUGUUUAGCUGGUUGUUAAUGUUGAAGCUGGAGUGGGGGCUAGUGGGCGCUGCCGUGGUACUAAAUGCGUCGUGGUGGUUCAUUAUCGUGGCGCAGUUUCUUUAUAUCAUCAGCGGGACUUGUGGACCGGCAUGGACAGGGUUUUCCUGGAAGGCAUUCCAGAACUUGUGGAGCUUUGCGAGGUUGUCACUUGCAUCGGCUGUAAUGCUCUGCUUAGAAGUGUGGUAUUUUAUGGCACUGAUUCUCUUCGCUGGAUAUCUAAAGAACGCAGAAGUUUCAGUGGAUGCCCUGUCCAUUUGUAUGAACAUAUUGGGGUGGACAAUAAUGGUAGCGCUGGGAAUGAAUGCAGCAAUAAGUGUGAGAGUGUCGAAUGAAUUGGGAGCAGGGCAUCCGAGGGCAGCAAAACUUUCAUUGGCGGUGGCUGUAAUCUCCUCAUUCAUGAUUGGUCUCGCCAUCUCAAUUGUUUUCUUAAUCUUCCAAAAAGAGUAUCCCUACUUGUUCUCAAACCACACAGAUGUUCAAGAACUUGUCAGGGAACUCACUCCAUUACUGGUUCUAUGCAUUGUCAUCAACUUCGUUCAACCUGUACUCUCAGGAGUUGCGGUGGGAGCAGGAUGGCAAGCUGUUGUUGCAUAUGUGAAUAUUGGGUGUUACUAUAUCUUUGGAGUUCCUCUUGGUCUCAUAUUAGGUUACAAGCUUGACUUUGGUGUCAAGGGGAUUUGGUGUGGUAUGUUAUCAGGAACAACCUUGCAGACUAUUGUCCUGUUUGUUAUGAUUUAUAAAACAAAUUGGAACAGUGAGGCUUCUAUUGCUGAGGACAGGAUUAAGAAAUGGGGAGGUGAAGAAGGUUCCAAAGAGAACAAUGUGGGAAAAAAUGUUGAAGAGAAAGAAACAUAAUUAAGGGAUCAAAUGAAUUUUUGAGCAAAUUAGAUAUCAAGGAUGCGAGGACACGGCACACCGAUGUUCUUCCUUUAAAAAAUAAAGAAAAAUGAGUAUGUAUACUUUGUAAUGCUGCUCCCCUUUUUUUUUAGCGUUGUGAUAUAAAGACUCGAAAUCAAAAGGAAUCACUUUU